AUGGAGUUGGCUGAUGGAACACGAGAUGUUGUCGAUCCUGAGGUUCGGGCCUAUGUUUCCAGUCUUGUUACCGCUCUUGGAGGGAGCGGUGCCGACGAAGACGGACGCUACAUACUCGGGGAUGACGCUCUUGCAUGUCUGCGAGACCUGAAGAGGUGGCUGAAGCUUUACGACGAGAAAGCGAAUCGAUUGGACGUAGCACGAUGUCUGGCAGAUUCGAACCUGGUCGGAGGGGAUCUGUUGCAGAUUCUCGCAGCGUGGCCGGAAAAUGCUACGGACGACAGACUGAAGUCCAAGAUUGCCCUGGCCUGUUUGGAACUGCUGGUACCGCUGACUUGGCCUCUGGAGAAGAACCUUCAGGAGAUGACAAAGAAUCACCAUCGUCACAUCCCGUACUUGCAGAUUUCCCAGCUGGGAUACAAGAGGUCGAUUAUAAACUUUGAUGGGGCGAGAAUUCUGCACACGGCGGUCCGGUGUGCGUUACCUUCGAUGGCCGAGGAUAUCGGGGAUCGAAGUACCAGAGAUGAAGGUAUCAUCAAGCUUUUGCUCUACUUCGUCCGGAAUAUAGCGCAGAUCGCGCCACCUCCGAAUGUGCAGUACGAGGGCGACGAGGCCGAAAUAUCGCGGUCUGCAACGAUUGCCGCUUUCGACUACCAGGAUAUCUUCCAUUUACUCUUGACGGUUUCCUCGACAAUGGGGGAGGAUUUCAACACCCAGGAUGUGGUGGUUCUGGACAUACUUUUCCAUCUGAUCAAGGGAGUCGACAUCGAGAAACUAUUCAUGGACGAACAGAAAGCCAACAACAGCAACAUGGAUGAGUUGGUGAGGCUUAGGCAGAAGGAGGCCGCCAUGCUCAGAUCCUACCAAGCAAACGCUCCUACAAGACACAGUCGAUUUGGCAGUAUGGUCUGGAUGCAACGAGAGGGUGCCAAGAUGACUACCAUAUCAGGUCAAGCUGCUCUGCUUGACGGAAAGAGGAUUCUUGCAAAAAUGGAUAGUACCAAGAAGUUCAAGCCCCCGAGGAGACAGUUGAAAGGGGAAAGUGGACCUUUAGACUUCGACACUCCUGUUGUGCUAAAUCCACAAGCGAAUAAGCAUCUCCGGAACUUUGUGGAAGAUUUUCUGGAUUCGGGGUUCAAUCCGCUUUUCGGCCAUGUUCGCAAGGCCAUCGACCGAGAAGCGGAACGGAUACUGGAAUACCACCCAAGACAAUUCUUUUACCUCGUGUCCUGGUUUCUGGAGGCAGAGCGUGUUAGAAGGAAGAACCGGAAAACCACCAAAAAUCCCGCUGGAUCGGAUGAUUCAGAUAGCUUCUCACUGGUGGCCAGUGUGUUGAACCAAGAGAUGUUCGUCACGCUGAACCGGUCGAUGGACUUUACUUUCCAGAACAAAUUGUGGCAUGAUCUUAGCGCUGCGAUGAAGUGCUUUACCCAGAUCCUGCUCACAGUCCAGGAGAUGUCAGAAUCACCGAUCGAAGAAGACCAGGAGAUCGCAGAAAAUAUCCUUAAUCGUAUAUUUUACGAGGAAACGACUCACGACAGGGUUGCAAACAUCAUCCGAACGUACAAGGACCAAGGAUUUGGAUACCUGGAUGCAUGUACCGAACUUACUCACAACUACCUACGGAUCCUGGAACAGUACGCGAAGCAGAAUACUGAAAUGCACGUAAGAUCACGGAGAAGAGUUCGGCGGAAGAAGAAGGCUGCUAGGGCUGCAGGAGAAGGUGGUGCGGACGAUGAUGUUGUGGAGGACUCUGAGGGUGAGGAUGAAGCGAGAGCCGAACGCGUGUCGAGCGAGCGAAAAUUCGACUUCAAGCGUUUUACUGCCAGAUUUGUGUCGCAGGGCUGUGUCGAUACAUUCGUCACUUUUACGGCAUACUACAAUGAUCUCAAGCCAGCACAACUCAAGCGGGCCCACCGAUUUUUCUAUCGGGUUGCCUUCAAACAGGAGAUGAGCGUCAUGCUGUUCAAAGUUGACAUCAUCGCCCUCUUCUACAAGAUGAUCAAGGGCCCUGAAGGUCUGGAUUCUACAUCCAGCACGUUCAAGGAGUGGGAUGAGUUUGUCAGGCAGAUCAUCAAGAAAUGUACCAGAAAGAUCCAGGAGCGUCCGGAGCUGGUGGUCGAGAUGCUGUUCUCCAAGAUCAACAGUACCGCGCAUUACCUCGAAUAUGGAUAUGAGAAGCAGACGGUCACAUCGAAGCCCAGAGCUGCGGCUGAACUUGAGGUCAAGGGAGGACGAGAAUGGGAGGACCAGAUCGGAAUUGUAGUGGGCGCCAUGUUGGACAGGAACGAAGGGGAGCAUCUUCAAUGGGUUAAAUCGCAGCUCAGCUCCGCUGAAAGCGAGAGGCGAAGCUGGGAGGGUGCGAAUGCGGCUUUGCCUUCGGUUGAAAAGGCUCCUGCAGCGGAAGGAGGCAGUCUUGCCGCCGAAGGAGAAGGAGAGAAUACCCCAGUUAUCGAGGUUGAACAACCCCAGCCGCCUGUUAUUUCUGUGAAAUCGGAUAACAGUACUCGUAAAAUUGCCAUGUUCAAGAACGGCCACCUCCGACUCCUAAUGACUUUAGUUGGCUUCAGAAGCAUUGGUAGUGAAGAUGAUCCUGAGGGCUCAUGGAUCAUUCCCUCGAGCUUAUCCGCCGGUCAGUUGAAAGAAGCGUUCGAUUUGAUCAAUAAAUUCGAGUUCAGCCCACCCGCUUUUGAUGAUGGGCAAGAGGCUGGCGACUUUAUCAAGCGCAGGUCUGCAGCCACCGCCCCCCGAAAAAAGGCCGUUUUCGACGAUGAGGACGAUGGGAUCGACGACGACGAUGAGGGAGAGCUUCUUUUCGAGCCUGGUGGUCCUACUGCCUCGAAGAAAUCGGCAGCAGCAAUAGAAGCUCUGAAGAAGAGCCGGAGACGUAGGAGGAAUAAGGGAACAGAUGAUGAAGAAGACAGAAGUCUCACUGAUGAACAACUCAAAGCACGGCAUGAAGCCAAACGAAAAAGAGAGCUCGAAAAGCACCGAAAGAUCAAGAGUGAAAUGUAUAUCCAGGACAGUGACGAAGACGAUGAGGAAGCCGAUGCUGCUUUCUUUGCCAGGGAACAGAAGAUCCGCGAGAAGACGGAUCGUUUGUUUCGUGAGGAGCAAGAGCGUUUGCGGAAGCAGCAAAAAUUAUCCACCAUGAGGGAGCUGCUUCACGUUGAGAAAGGGAAGGAUGCCAAAGGGCUAGGCAAGAAGCGACCUUCGAGCGCUGUUGCUGAGGACAGCGAUGACGACCUGUUGUUGGCUGGUGGCCGGAAGAGUCCUACUCCUGAGGAUAGCGACGAUGGAGUUGGACAAGCCAGCGCCCGAUCUUCUUCAGCUGCAAGGGAUAAUGUACUUGAGGGUUCAGAGGACGAAGCUACGGACACACCGAUGUCGAGCCCACAUAUACGCCCUUCAAAACCGAAGAGGCAAAAGGUCUCCAAGGCUGUUAGCUCUGCUUCGCCAGAGCCGGAAGUUGAGGAAAGUUUCAAGACAUCGACUGCUAUGGUGAUCGGUAGUGAGGAAGAGGAUGAAGAAGUUGAUCUUGUAGCGAGACCAGCUAGGCAGAAAGUACGGUCUGGGUUUAUUAUAGAUAGUAGCGAUGAAGAAUAA